GAUAGGAAGUCCAGCGUGGCAAACGGAACCUUGUGCUUGCGUAGUGCUUUCCCUUUUAUUUAUACACUCUCCAAUGUUUAUUGAUUCCCCCCUCUCUCUCUCUCUCUCUCUCUCUCUCUCUAGCCUAUAUUUCUCUGCUUUUGAGUUCUGGAGAUUCUUUCUUUAAUGGUGAACAUGGACUCUGGAGAUUACUUGAUUUGCGUUUAAGUUUGCAUCUCAGCUCUUAAAUCGACUGGUGAUUGAACAUUUAUUCAGCCUGGUGCACCUGCGUCGGAAAUAGAAGGUCGGAGCAAAGAUGUUGGACGGAUUUCUGGGACGAGGGUUUUCAGGGAAAUGUAAAUCGUCAAUCAAGGAUAUCAAAGCUCGAAUCGAUGUGAUACGGAGGAAGAGGAACGCAAUGCUGAAGUAUCUGAAGAAGGAUAUGGCUGAUCUACUUUCCAGUGGUCUCGAUAUCAAUGCGUACGGCCGGGCGGAAGGGCUCCUAGUUGAGCUAUACCUCUCUUCCUGUUAUGAUUUUGUAGAGCAAUUUUGCGAGUGUAUCUUGAAACAGCUUUCAGUCAUGCAGAAACAGAGUGCAUGCCCUGAGGAAUGCAGGGAAGCUGUACCAUCUCUAAUGUUUGCUGCUGCAAGGUUUGCUGAUUUGCCAGAACUGCGUGACCUUAGGCAAAUAUUUACAGAGAAAUAUGGGAGUUCCUUAGAAGCUUUUGUGAAUCAAGAGUUUGUUGAGAAAUUGGCACCAAAACCUCUCACAAUGGAUAAGAAGCUCCAGUUAAUGCGGAAAAUAGCACAAGAGUUCUCUAUAAAGUGGGACUCCACAGCGUUUGAGCAGAAUAUGUCUAACCAGAAGAUGCCUAAUGCCCCUUCAUCUGCACAGGACCAACUGAAGAAACAUAGAUCUUUCAAUGAUGGCAAUGAUAAUGGACACAAUGUGCGUGAUGGCAGAGAGGAUACUGUCCCUAAAAGAGAUAACCAGAAUGUCUUCUCUAGAGGAAGGCAGGAAAUCACUAAGGAUGGGUACAAAUCACACAAUGAUAGGGAAGACACUGUCCCAAAAAGAGAUAACCCAGACCAUCUGCUUCAUGAAAGGAAGGAGCUUACUGGUGAUGAGUACAAACUGCACAAGGGUAGGGGAGAUGCUAUCCAGAAAAAGGAAGACCGGGAUCUUUCUUCCCAUGGAAGACAGGAAUCUAAUAUUAAUGGAUACAAAUCAUUCAAUGGAAGAGAAGAUAAUAUCCCCAAAAGAAACAAUCAAGAUGGUUUAUCCCGUGGAAGGUGGGAAGUCAUCAAGGAUGCCUAUGAGCCACGGAAAGGCAUGGACCAUACUGUUGCCGAAAGAGAAAAACAAGAUCUUUUGUCUGAUGGAAGGCGGGAAUUUACUGAUGAUGGGUACAAACGGCACAACACCAUAGGGGAUACUGUUAUGAAAAGAGAUAAGCAAGAGCUUUUGUCUGAUGGAAGACGGGAAUUUACUGAUGAUGGUUACAAACGGUACAACGCCAGAGGGGAUAGACAGGAAUUUACUGAUGAUGGGUACAAACGACACAACACCAGAGGGGAUAGACGGGAAUUUACUGAUAAUGGUUACAAACGGCUCAACACCAGAGGGGAUGGACAGGAAUUUACUGAUGAUGGGUACAAACGACACAACACCAGAGGGGAUAUUGCUGAUGAUGGGUACAAACGGCACAACACCAGAGGGGAUACUCUUAUGAAAAGAGAACAGGACAUUUUAUCUUGUCCAAGGCAGGAACUUAUUGAUGAUGAGUACAAGCACUACAAUCACAGGGAGGUUCCUAGAAGACCAGAAGUGGCUCCCACCCACACAGCACGAGAGCAGGUGAAAGCAGUUGGUAAAGACAAACCCAUUCCAGGUAGUAGCCACAACGAUCUACAGAAUCAUUCAAACUCAAUAGAAAAUGUUCCCAAGGAAGAGGCAAAAAGUAUGAAACCUUUUUCCAAUAACAUUGUUCCCCCUCCUUACAUCAAACCAAAAGAUGGUAAAUACGGAACAAAGCCCGAGGCUCAUCUUACAGGUUCAGACUUUGAUGGAUCAUCUCUUGGUCCUGCAUUCCAUAAUAGAGACUUUGGCAAUAAUCAAAGACCGCAAAUGGCAAAAAACAAAUCAGACCAUGUUGACUAUGAGCGACAAAUGGCUGGACCUGAAAGGAUGAAUGGUCAAGGGGAUGAAAAGAAUCACUAUCAACAGAGUGAUUCAGCUGAUGAUGGAAAGCCAAAACCAAGGUCAGUCAGGAGGAGACACUUGAAACCUCCAUCAGGUUGUGAAAAUGAUGGUAAUUUUGAAUUUGAUGAAGGUGUCAAGAGAAGUUCAAGUGGCAGGAGAAGAGAUCAUGCAAGACGGAGACACCAUGCUUUAUUUGACGAUGAUCAAGAUCAGAAGGAUGAGGAGGAAAAGAUGAUGGAUAGGCUGCUGAUACACUACAGUAAGAAGCAACCAGCUUAUGAACAGUGUGUACACAACAGACUAAGGAGGGAGUCGAAAGAUCCUACUGCACAUCAGGCUCGUGCUGAUGUUAGUGAGAAACAACCACCUUGUGAACAGUACGUACAAGACAGACCAAGGAAGGAGUUUAAACCUCCUGCACAUCAGGUCCAUGCUGAUGUUAGUGAACGCAGACGGCAUAGAAACAGAGAUGGGGACCACUUGAGCUCGGAGGCGAGACAUCCUCUAGCUAGAACACUGUCACUCCCUUCAGAACCACAAACUCCAACUGAGGUGUCAAGGAGGCCUGUUCGUGCUGCUUCCUUUCAGCCUGAUAGGGCGAGCUCAGCUGCCCAUGUCCAUCCUAAGCUUCCAGACUAUGAUGAUUUAGCAGAUCGAAUAGCAGCCCUCAGAGGAAGGUGAAAGGUAAUAGCAAGUAAAGCUUAUCCGUAUCUUCUUUAAUCCUCUACACGAUUUCUCCCACUGUAUUCUUACCGCAUAUUGUUUCCCUCACUCUUACCUCUAAUGUUUUCUGUAAUUCAUUCUAUCUUAAUGAAAAAAUACUGGUUUUUCUCUUUUAUUAUUCCAUUCGCUCUUCAGUAGAUAUAAAUUGUAACGGAUCCCACAUUGUCAAUAAAUUGUAAUUGAGAUUGAGAUCA